UACUACUAGGAGCAAGGACGCUACUAGGUUGGAUCCUGUGCCCAUGUCCACGUGCUCGGUGAGUCGCCCGGUUCACCGCGGUGAACCACGCGUCGAGUGCUCGCCGCCUGCGAGUGCACGGGGCGAGUGCACAGGGAGCACCGGCAAGGACGACGAUGAGUUCGCGGAUGCGGAGGAAAUGCCGAAGACCCGCGAUGCCUCUGAGACCCCCAGUCCUCCCACGUACAUCUUGUCAAACCGGCUGAGUCCCAGAACCAGCUUCGACGAUGCUCACUUCGGGGUGGCGGACUAUCAGAUGCAGCAGGCAGCCUUGACCAAGAUCAGCCCAAGGCCCAUGCCGCCCAAUGUGGUCAACCAGUGUACCUACACACGGAUGGCCGCUGCAGGAAGCUUUUGCUGCGAUGCAAAGGAUGCAGACUAUGGCCUUUCGGAUGAACAGUUGGAGGCCAAGAACCGCCUGACACAAGCAGCGGCCGAAUCGCAAGCUGCCGGUGGUGUUGUCACAGAGGGCUACCAGACCCUUUCCGAUGGAGCCAGUUCAUCCACUUCCGCACCGAGCCGUUUAACGCCCGUGAUCGAAGCGGGAACCGUGGACGACGUCCGAAGGCUGCAACCUUUAGAGCACUUCGGGAACAUGUUGGCCGAUGUUUGUGAGGAGAGCACGGCGAGUAGUCUCUGCAGCAUCGGCAGCGAGCCGAGCAAUGAUUUCAGCAUUUAUCGCUUUGCCGGUUCUCACACUCCCUUUACGGCACCCUUUUUGGACAGACGUCCUCGGGGAAUGGCAUGUUGGGACCGGUUACGGCGAUGCUUCAUGGCCUGACGCAGAGCUUCCGAGUGGCCAGACGACGUGCAUCGAAUAGCUGGGUCUUAGGUGUUUGGGGC